UACAUAUACCCCAUCAUAUUAACACACAAGUCUUGUACAAAAGAAAACAGCAUCUUCAAAACAACUCCCAAACAGCGAGAAGAGCCUCAAGAAUCCUCCACCUUUGAUUUUCACAUUAGCGUCUGAGGAGUGAAAGGAUGGGAUCUGUUGGAGUGCAGGUGGUGUGUGUGGCCCUCGGGGUCCUCGGCCUGAUCGGGGUCAUCGUUUGCUGCGCUGUCCCUCGCUGGAAAGUCUCCUCCUUCGUAGGAGCCAACAUCGUGACCGCACAGACCAGUCAGCAGGGCCUGUGGACGACCUGCGUGGUGCAGAGCACUGGGCAGCAGCAGUGCAAGAACUACGACUCUGUGCUGGUGUUGCCCUCUGACCUGCAAGCCGCCCGUGCCAUGACCAUCAUCAGCUGCAUGCUCAGCAUCCUCAGUGUCCUCAUCCUCUUCUGCGGGGCCGACUUCACCACCUGCGUGGAGAACGAAGCCACCAAGCCCAAGAUCAGCCUGGUGGCUGGUGUGGGCCUCAUGCUGGCCGGUGUCCUCGUGAUCAUCCCCGUCAGCUGGUUUGCAAGCAACACCGUGAAGGAGUUCAACAAUCCGCUGCACAUGAGCCAGAGGUGGGAGCUCGGAGCGUGCAUCUACGUGGGCUGGGGGGCCGGCGUCUUGCUCCUUCUGGCCGGAGGUCUGCUGUGCUGCUUUAGCAGGCCCAAAUCUGGCAGCUCAGGUGGAACCGCCAAGUACUACAGCAACAGCAACGCGUCCGCCCCAAACAAGAACUACGUGUAGUGUCUUUAUGAAAGGACUGGAGUUUGACAGAAGGGACGGGAGGGCGAUUUAGUUGGUAAAAGACUGGGAAGGAACAAAGUUUAAACAGAAUGAGUCUGUAAAUACACCGAAUUCUGAUAAUAACUGGCUCCAGUUUGUACACGGUAAUCGUUUUUAAUAAUCAUUUAUUCCGGUGAUGUUUCAGUUUUGAUGUUCUUUUCUUCUUUGGUGCUGGGUUAUAAUCUGUAAAUGGAAGACAAACUCUACACAGGCUGCAAAUCAAACCACCUCAAACAGAACUUUUUU